AUGUCACAGCAAAAUGGGGUUUCUGCCUCGCUGGCGUCUAUAGAAACAGCGCCACCCACCCAUGGACUUCUGCGCACCACCACUUCGGGUUCGCAUGCAUCAGCUUCCUCACUCCAGCCCAGCAUCAGUUCAUCGACUGCUCAAUCGUCGUCGAAUACGACCCGAUCGUCGAGCACGCCGUCGAGGAAGGUGGAGAUACCGCGGCUCUCAGCAGCCACGACCGAGUUACUCGCGCGAGUCACCGGGAGCCUGAAGGGAACACAGCAGAGAUAUGAUAAUAAUUUCAUCAGUUGGACUCCUCCAGGUGGAAAUCAACUCGUUGGAGGCAAUGCGAAUGGUUUGCGGACAGGCAUCAUGAGGGCUUCGUCGACUAUUAUUGAACUGCCCACCGCUCCGUUCACGCAUUCCACCACUGUGGUGCCACCUGCGCCCUUCCCAACAGCAGUACCUUCAAGUGUAUCAACAAAUGGCUCGACUAUAGUAUCAUCAAAUAAUCCUGCACCGCAACCGGCGCAAACCAUUGCCUCGGCGGAUAAGCUCUCGAACACAGCAAUAGCAAGCUCGACAUCUAAACCCAAGAAGCCCACGACAGGGGGCUCCCGUAAUAGAAAGAGUAUCACGAACGGAUCUAAGAACAAAAAGCGUCGCCGGAAUAAGGACAGUGACGAUGACAGCGUCAUUCGAGCUGGCGACUCCAGCAGCGACGAAUCCGAUGUCGCGCCGACAGCCACACAGACGAAGUCUGGCCGACAGGUGAACCGGCCCUCCUUGUAUGUGCCUCCACCUUCGCUGCCAGCUGCUGUCAAGGAGAACAGCAAUUCCCUCGAGACCUCAGACAAUACGCGUGGCUCCACGGCAGCAAGCCGGAAGCGUAAGCGCGUUCAACGCAAAGCAAAGGAUGUGAACGUCACUUGUACCCGCUGCCAAAGGGGACAUAGCCCUCUAAGCAAUGCGAUUGUGUUCUGCGAUGAAUGCAAUGGGGCUUGGCACCAACUAUGCCAUGAUCCUCCCAUCAGCGUAGAAGUUGUUGCAGUCAAGGAGAAGGAGUGGUUUUGUGGCGAGUGCAAGCCGGUUCCGAUAACCAUCGUCCAGCCAACAGUCGUCAGGAGCAAUCCAUCCCUCACGAAAGCACGUUCAAUUCCUAUGCCGACGGCUUCCUUAAAAGUACCCCGUGCUGAAGUGGGUGCGGCCGGCUACUCAGUCGAAGAACGGCGAGGGUUUCUGUCGGGCUUAUCGCAUGCAACGCUUGUCGAGCUUCUUUUGAAUAUAUCGGAGAGUAGUCCGAGUCUGCCAAUGUUCCCCACGAAUCUAAAGGACUACCAUUCGUCGAAUUUCUCAUUCUUCCCUGGCUUGUCAACUGUGAAUGCUUCUACCUCCGUCCAGAGACCCGUCCCGCAGACUAACGGGCUGGGGGCAGUGGCUCCCACGUCCACGGAAGUACCAGCAAACGCACCAGCUGCGCCUGCACCGGAUGUCUCAUCUUCCCGAAGAAGAUACGAAGAGUCUUCUGAUGACGAAUCCGAGUAUGAGUUCCAAGAACAUCGUUUAUAUCCACGCGCAGGCAACGGCUUUCAGCUGCCGAUCGGUCUGGAUGACUUAGACAUCCUCAGUGAGGAUCCUGCUUGUCCGACUUUUAGCUACUCAUUGCAUGGCCCUGCUCGAAUUCGUGCCCAGAUGAAACAGAGCGUGCCGGUCUGGGGAUCGUGA